GGGCUUUGGAAAGUGUGAAAAGGCUUUCAGGGUUUGUUGCCCCUGAGAUGACCUGUGGAGUGGUACCCCGUCUGGCGUGGUGGGUGGCUGUUCUCUCAUUGCUAUGGGCUGGAGAGGAGACCAGGGCGCAGAGAGCAGGCUGUAAGAACGUGCACUAUGACCUGGUCUUCCUGUUGGACAGCUCGUCUAGCGUGGGGCGAGAGAACUUCCAGAAGGUCCGGCAAUGGGUGGUGAAGCUGGUAGAAACCUUCGAGGUGGGGGUGGACGGCACUCACGUUGGGGUGGUGAGCUACAGUGACCGGCCCCACACCGAGUUUGAGCUGGGGGCUCACCACAGCGCUGAGGCCGUCCAGAGAGCAGCCAACGCCAUCCCGUACCGGCGGGGCAACACCAGGACAGGGGAGGCCAUCGGCCACGUGGCUCUGGAUAGCUUCACAGUCCAGGCGGGUGGGCGGCCUGGCCAGUCGGGGGUCCAGCAGGUGGUGGUGCUGCUGACGGAUGGCCGUAGCCAGGAUGAGGUGCUGUCCAACGCCACGUUGGCACACUCGGCUGGCCUGCGGGUCUUCGCAGUGGGAGUGGGCGAGGCGCUGCGAGAGGAGCUGCAGGAGAUCGCCUCUGAGCCCAAGGCCGCCCACGUCUUCCAUGUCUCCGACUACAACGCCAUCGACCGGGUGAGGGGCGUCCUACGCCGGCGGCUAUGCCAGAACGUGCUGUGUCCCAAUCUGCGAGUGAGCGGAGACCAGUUCAAAUUAGUCGGCCAAUCCUCGGCCAAUAUACCGGGCUUUGACCUGAUGGAGUUGUUCCAUGUGAAAAGCAUCGUUGAAAUGAAGGACGGUGGAUUUGUCCGGCUUGGUUCAAUGCCCGUCGUCCAGCUGACAGACGACGUGUUUCCUCAAGGCCUGCCUGAUGAGUAUGCCUUCGUCACCACCUUCAAGUUCAGGAAAGCCUCGAGGAAGCAAGACUGGUACAUCUGGCAGAUCAUUGACAAAUACGGCAUCCCCCAGGUUUCCAUCCGACUGGACGGUGAGAACAAAAUGGUGGAGUACAACGCGGUGGGGCUGAGCACGGACGCAGUACGGGCCGUGUUCAGGCACCGUGACGUGGCCCACUUGUUUGACCGGAAUUGGCACAAGUUGGCGGUGAGCGUGGGGUCCAGCAGCGUGGCUCUCUACAUCGACUGCCAGCUGGUGGGCACCUUACCCCUCGAAGAGAGAGAGAACAUCGACAUCCGAGGGAAAACCGUCAUCGGCAAGCGUCUGUACGACAGCGUUCCCAUCGAUUUCGAACUGCAGCGGAUGGUCAUUUACUGCGAUGCCAGAGACGCGGAGCUGGAGACUUGCUGUGAUCUCCCAAGCAAUCCGUGCGGACUGACAGUUGUCACCCAGGCCCCUGACAUCGAGAUCCCCGGAAGAACCCCACCCGCCGCAGAAGCUGAUAGUCGGCAAACUAUCAACUGCUCCUGCUCUAAGGGAGAGAAGGGCAGCUUUGGACAAGCGGGGCGUCCAGGUCCAAAGGGAGACAGAGGUCAACCGGGAUUUCCUGGCCCCAAAGGAGAAAAAGGAGAUACGGUGAGCUCGAGCCAGUUGACAGUGGAACGAGGGGCAAAGGGCGAUGCAGGAAUCCAGGGAUUGGCGGGACCUCCUGGCCCGACAGGACCUAAGGGAGAUCGUGGCCAGCCUGGGGAGCGAGGGAUGGAAGGCUUCGUUGGGCCCCCGGGCAUGCAGGGCGAGCGAGGUCUGAAGGGCUCAAGUGGCAAGAAGGGUGAAAAUGGAUUGGACGGAUAUCUUGGAAAACCCGGCCUUCCCGGAACGGAGGGUCGGACUGGCAGCCCCGGGAGCCAGGGUGUCCCCGGGAUUAAAGGGGAGAAAGGAGAAGCUGGAUCCCCAGGAACAUUGGGAGAUGUGGUACCGACUAUUGAGCUGAAAGGAGAAGCUGGACCCCCGGGCCCCAUAGGUCCUCAUGGGCCGCCCGGCUCCAUGGGACCUCCAGGUCGGGAUGGGACGGAUGGCGCACCUGGGUUUCAGGGGCCGAGGGGCAGGAAGGGUGACCCAGGGCUGCCAGGGGCUCAGGGCGGAGUUGGCCCUCCGGGAGCUGAAGGACAAUCCGACGUUGCCGGGCCCCCGGGAUCUCCAGGCGAGCAGGGUUUGCCCGGUGAAAUUGGAUUGCCAGGAAAACCAGGACUAGUGGGAGAACCGGGCUCCCCAGGGGCGGACGGGAAUCAUGGUUUGCUUGGGAUUCCAGGAGGCAAGGGAGAAGCCGGAGAAAGGGGACAAGACGGAUUCCCGGGAAUACCUGGAAGGAAGGGAGAGCCGGGGAGAUCAGGGGUCGCGGGGUCCGUGGGUCAGAAGGGAGAAUCCGGGCUUCCUGGGCUUGACGGAGCCUCCGGCCCCAAGGGAGUCGGAGGAGAGAAGGGGGAUCGGGGGGAGUCGGGUCCCAUCGGCCCGGAGUCCGAAAAGGGUCAAAAGGGCGAGGUGGGAGCUCCGGGACAACCAGGCUUACCAGGCACGGCGGAUGGUCCCAUACUACCUGGCUUUCCGGGUGCGGAGGGAGAGAAAGGUGAUAAAGGUGAUAAAGGAGCUGUGGGAGAGCCUGGUUCCCACGGCAAUCCGGGCGGAAGAGGUCCUGCAGGAGUUAAGGGUGCGAAAGGUGAACACGGGCUUCCUGGGAAACCAGGGGCAAAAGGAGACAUGGGCGUUGGGGGAAGCCCAGGUCUGCCGGGAGCCCACGGAUUGCCAGGCAGCGUGGGGACGCCAGGUGGUGUGGGCCCAUCAGGGGCUGAUGGUGUAAAUGGGCAGAAGGGGGAGCCUGGGAGAGAUGGAGAGCUAGGUCCACCUGGAGCUGUGGGCCAGGCUGGUUCCCCGGGGAUUCCCGGCGUACCGGGAGAGGGGAGAGCCGGAAAAAUGGGGCAUCCUGGAGCGCCUGGCUUGGCAGGACCCCAAGGACACAAGGGAGACCCAGGAGAAUCUGGUCACCCUGGGUUACCGGGAGACGUUGGCCCUCCUGGUGUGGGGCUUCCUGGACUGCAGGGCCCCACAGGACCGGCAGGUGACAGGGGAUUUUCGGGCCCCAGAGGGCUUCCGGGAGUGCCCGGCCAACAAGGACCCGCCGGGCAAGACGGCGUGCCCGGUCUGCCAGGUGACCCAGGAGCCCCGGGGGAACCCGCAUCAUUACCCAUUAUCUCAAGGGGAGAUAUAAGAGGCUUGGUUCAGGACGCUUGUGCCAGCUGCCCAGCAGGACCUCCCGGCCUCCCGGGAAUACCAGGCUUCAAAGGGAGCAAAGGUCAUGCAGGCCCCCCCGGGGUGGAAGGAAACACCGGGAAGACGGGAGACACGGGACCGCCUGGCUCAAAAGGUCCAGAAGGACUCAAGGGCGGCAAAGGAGACCGAGGUUUUCUUGGCCCAACUGGUGAGAAGGGCAUCCAGGGUAGUCCAGGGCUGCCAGGAUACCCCGGCCCCCCCGGAAAUCAAGGCCCGGCAGGAGCUGAUGGUGUCUCAGGAGUGCCCGGCACCCCGGGGCUGGUAGGAGAGAAGGGGAAGGAAGGUGUCCCGGGAAUACGAGGCCCACCAGGAUUGCCGGGAAGACUUGGUCUGGAGGGAAAGGACGGAAAAGAUGGCAAGCCCGGCGAUCCAGGGGAGCCGGGCAGGGCAGGUAAUAUUGGGCUUCCUGGCCGGACAGGAUCCAGAGGCAUCCCUGGUUUCAAGGGGCCCCGGGGUGAUAUUGGCCCACCAGGACCCAGAGGAGAACAUGGAACCAUGGGCCCACCAGGGCAAUCAGGGAAGCCGGGGAAAGACGGUGAACAAGGCCCGCCAGGAACACCAGGUCCUCCAGGAUUGAGAGGUGAUCAGGGAAAAACUGGCCCGCUCGGUCCCCAAGGGAAGCCUGGCGUCGAGGGGUUACAGGGUCUAAAGGGCUCAAAAGGAACAAAUGGAGAUCCUGGUUUUCCCGGAGUGCAGGGUCCCCAGGGCUCUCGGGGCCUGUCAGGAGAAACAGGCAGUCCAGGCAAGCAGGGUCCUGUUGGGAAAUCAGGAGAGGCUGGGGCCAAAGGAGAGAGGGGUUAUCAAGGGCUCAAUGGUGAAAGAGGACCUCAGGGGGAGAAAGGUCAAGAAGGCGACCAUGGGCUUCCGGGCAUCAAAGGACACAGGGGGCUGCUGGGCCCGGUGGGACCUCCCGGAGAGAGCGGUGUGUCCGGGGUGGCAGGCCCACCGGGAACGCCGGGAUUCCCAGGGCCGAAGGGUGAGACGCCUUCGCUGGAACAACUGAGGAAACUCAUUCGAGAAGAGCUCUCAAAGCAGCUCGACUUGCGCUUGGCUGACCUGGUGUCUCAGUUCCAGCACGUGAGAGUGAAGGCCGCCCCUGGGAAGCCCGGGCUUCCUGGUGUUCCGGGGAAAGAAGGCUUCCCUGGCAGGCCUGGCGCUCCCGGAGAUCUCGGCCAGCCCGGCAUCCCGGGAGCUGAGGGCCAGCGGGGGCCAAUGGGCCCGAAAGGCGAGAGAGGGGAAACGGGAGAGAGAGGCGAGGCUGGCAUCGGGCAACGUGGAGAAGCGGGAGCCACCGGUCUAGCGGGCGCCCCGGGAAUGCCAGGCUACGGGACGGACGGAAUUCCGGGAACGCCGGGUCCACAAGGAGAGCCGGGAAGCGCUGGGCCGCAGGGCCCCGAGGGUCCCCCCGGGAGGAACGGGCUGUGCGAUCUGUCUCAGUGCGUUUACUACGCCAGCCUGGCCGGCCGGCCGUCCAACCAGAAGGGGCCUUGAGCUCACAGGACAUCAGGUCCAACAUGGUGACACGGUCUGUGCGCGCGUGACAGUGACAGCCGCCAUCACUGUCUGAGGAAGCCAGAAAUUUCUCAUGGUCUUAGCUUUGAGCCCAUUGCCACCCAAUUUAAGCAAGGACGGUGUUUGCCCCUCGUACCCCACCCCUCAACAGCACCACACCCACAUCGACCACCCCCCCACCCUCAAACACUUCCUCAAAACC